UCUUGAACUUUACAUUAGUCUGAAUAAAAUAAUUUUUGUCCUUCCCACUCAAGUUUCAAGGCGUUUUCAAAUGUUUCCGUUAUUUGUUUAAAUGUCGCAUAAUAUUCCAUUAGAAUUGUUUAUUCAGACUAAUAAUUGUUUAUCAUAUUAUUCUUCUAUUUCAGAAUUUUUGGAAUGGAAAUCAAAGAUGGAACUGGAAACACAUUCUAGCUACUUCAGAAGGGCAGGAGUGAUUAGUACUUCGGGAACUAAGCACCUCUAUUAUCAUUGCUCACGAACUGGAAGAUAUAAACCUGUAGAAGUGAGACAACGAAAGCUGAAAUCACAAGGCACUGCAAAACUAGAAACUAAGUGUCCAUCAAGGCUAGUAGUGAGAGAAGGUGAUCAAAUUUAUGUGAAAUUUUUCGACAAACAUGAAGGUCACGGAACCGAUUUGAAGCAUAUUCGUCUACCACUUUCUAUCAGAGAAUACGUAGUAGGCAAGCUGAAAGAAGGAGUUGCAAUGAAGCAGAUUCUAGAAGACAUCAGGGAAGAAGCUAUUGCUAAGGAAGACAUGGGUCUGGCUUCCAUGAUAACCAAAAAACUCGUCCGCAACAUAAAAAAUAGUUGCGAAUUCACCAAGGACAUAAUGGAUCAUUCUCUCAAAAGAGAGAAGUCUGUGGAAAGAAAAAGAAAAAAGGUCAAAGAUUCAAUAUCCUGUGAUGGGGGUGAGCCGUCAGAAUCAAUUAUGAAUACUGAGGAAAAUGCAGGGAUUUUUAUAGAAGACUAUUUGGACAUGAACAACAUUCCAAGUAUUGAAGAGCACUUCAACCAUCAAAUCGUUGAUGGCGUUUUUGUAAUUGAACAAAGUAAGUAAGGAAACGCUCAAUUAUCCUCUUAGAUUUAGGAGUUACCAUAAUAGCAUAGUCCAAGAUACCCUUCAUUCAGGAAAUAUAAAAUCAGUAUAUUAUAAUAAGCAUUUAUUUAUUUAAUCAGAAUCA